UACCAUUUCCUACGACAUUGAGAGAGAGAAGCGGCAAACCCUCUAUUAAGAAACAAUUGGUUGGAUAUGCGUCAAUGGUCCAUUUGAAUGAAGCAACAACAGGAGCAGCCAAAGUCAUUAAAAUAGAAAUAAAAAAAAGGAGGAAGACGAAAUAG